AUGAGUACACCAUGUAGUUUAGAACAUUGUCAUACAAAUUUAUUUUCAUUGCAAAGUUUAAACGAUAUGAAAUGGAAAUGUUUUCGUCGUUCAACUAAUUAUCGUGUGGAAACAACAAGUCAAGGACGUUAUGAUCUUUAUAAAGAUCCUGUACUGUUAGCAUAUUGGCAUUGUUUAAAAACUGAUACACUAUGUGCAUGGAGAAAAGUUCAAGCAGAAGAAUCAAAAAUUGAAAAAGAAUUAUGGUUAUUUGGUAUUAAUGAUGAUUUACCAACAGAUUUGCCAGAUUUACGACGUAUGUAUAUAAAAUCAUUUCUUAUUGUCCUUGUGAGAUUCAAUUGA